UCUCUUCUUCGCGCAUGUCUGUUGCUGGAAGCUCGUCCGCCGGCAGAAUCGCCUUUCUUGCCUUGGUUUGUACAAUCUCGGCCAGCAGACGCAACCCAUACUUCCUCGAGACUUUUUAAACGGUGGCAGCCAAGUCUCUCUGGCGCGGUUCCCGUCUCGGAGUCUGUUCGUGAACGAGACAGAUUUAACACAUAUUUUUCGAACUUGUUUGUGUCUGCCUACCGGCCGAAUUGCAACGGAAGGUUAUGUGUCACCUCUCUUACGAUUUGACAUAUUGCCUUAUCGUAGCGUCUGAAACUGCCACAUUUUUCGAACGUAUCAAUUAUGGACCCGUACCGAGCAAGGUGGUUAAACAUCUGCUGCAAGAGAACGGUAAUUUGGCCAGCUGGCUUGGUGCCUCCACGAUCUCAAUAUUUGGCCAAGCCUACCUCCAUCGGAUCGCGUUCGCCGAUAAUGGAAGAGACACGGCUUUAAACCUGGGCAUUCAGGUCCGGCCCGGUGCUAUUCUGGGUGUGAAUUUCAUGCUUGGGACACACGGACUUCGAGCUCUUCGCCUGAUCUACGGUGAUGGGCUAAGCUCUGCCUGGCUCGGGGAACCAAGUAGAGGAGCCUAUGGUACUAUCUACGGCCGUUCUCUCAAUCUCCUCCGCAUGUUUCAGGAUGAUCUCAAGGUGAUACGCUUAAGUUUUGACUAUAUCGAAGAUACAAGAACAUCAAUUCAGCCGGCAAUGGCAAUAUGGAACAUUGACUCUAGGCUGUUCGAUAAUGCUGUCCUGAGGAUUGUCGACACGUUGGCCGUCUCGAUGAGGGUGGUCUUCUCAACGAGACUGGGUCAGACACAACGUCUUAGCCAACUCCUACACUACCCAAAUUGGCGCCUCUGCCAGUAUCUUCCUCUUCAAAGUGGGAGGUGCUACGCGGCUGGCCUCAGCGUCUACUGUGACUUCGGCGGCGUCAAGGGCAUUAUUGCGCACGGAAAGCGUUCUCGCCAAGUCGACAACAUCCAAUUACCGGGGCCAUUCCUCAUGAUGACGACAAAUCAGGGCCGGUCUGUCUCUUUUUGUCCCUGGAUCAUGAACCAUAACCGUCUAGCGUCCUGGUCAGUAGUGGCAGCUGGGGAAGGCAGGAUCACUGGGCUGAUCGUCGACGCCUUAACGGUAUAUCGUUCUCGUUUCCAAAGCAUCGGCGCCAGCAUCUACACCGGUGUCGACCAGCCGAUGGUGUUAAAACCUAGGCAAGCGCCCAUGAUCUUUGACGAUGUUAAUGAGUUUGCCGUUUGCACCACCUAUCAUACUUGACAAAGGCGACCCUUUCUGGCGUCAAGAAGUUACGGGUACGCAAGGUAGACAACCGUUGUACCUGCCUCUGUAUCCACCACGACGAGGAGGGGUUUGUUGAGGUCCUGGGCCAGUGGGAUCCGUCCGAUGGAAACACCAUUCUCGAUAUCUACGACAGCUCUGAAGGCCCUCUCACUGCGCUCACCUCCGCUAUGCGGAAGAUA